AAAAUAUUAUAAAAAUAUAUUUAACACUAGUGACUAUCUAAACUCUGAUUAUUCAAUAAUUAAAAAAAAAGCUUCUAUUCAUCAAACUCAACUUGACCUUGCUAGUUCUUUUCCGUUCAGCUACCGCGAUUGGAACAUGUCUUAUUCACCUGAAAGAAGAUCAGAAGAUUGGCCGGAGGAUUCAAAGAAUGGGCCAUCUAAGGAACCAGUCAGUUACGAUGGGCCUCCGGGUAUGGAGCCCGAAGGAGCGUUGGACACAAAUUGGCAUCAAGUCGUGGAAAGCUUUGAUGACAUGAAUUUGAAGGAAGAGUUAUUACGAGGAAUUUACGCUUAUGGUUUCGAAAAGCCAUCUGCAAUCCAGCAACGCGCUAUUAUGCCUUGCAUUCAAGGACGCGACGUUAUAGCUCAGGCUCAGUCUGGAACUGGGAAAACUGCAACAUUCUCCAUUUCAAUUUUGCAACAUAUUGAUACUAGUAUUCGUGAAUGCCAAGCUCUAAUUCUGGCGCCGACCAGAGAGCUGGCUCAGCAGAUCCAAAAGGUGGUAAUAGCUCUUGGUGAUCACUUGAAUGCUAAAUGCCAUGCUUGCAUUGGAGGCACCAAUGUGCGCGAGGAUAUUCGUCAGCUGGAAGGUGGUGUUCACGUGGUGGUGGGUACCCCCGGACGCGUCUACGACAUGAUUACCCGCCGUGCCCUCCGCGCUAACACCAUUAAGCUGUUUGUGCUUGAUGAAGCUGAUGAAAUGUUGUCCCGAGGUUUCAAAGACCAGAUCCAUGAUGUAUUCAAGAUGUUGUCGGCUGAUGUCCAAGUUAUCUUACUGUCGGCUACCAUGCCUGACGAUGUGUUGGAAGUAUCUCGAUGCUUCAUGAGGGAGCCAGUUCGUAUUCUUGUGCAGAAAGAGGAGCUUACCCUAGAAGGUAUUAAGCAGUUCUUUAUCUCCAUUGAAAUGGAAGAGUGGAAAUUGGAGACCCUGUGCGAUCUGUACGAUACUCUCUCCAUCGCUCAGGCUGUUAUUUUCUGCAAUACCCGUCGCAAGGUAGACUGGCUGACCGAGUCUAUGCACGAGCGUGACUUCACGGUGUCGGCCAUGCACGGCGACAUGGACCAGCGCGAGCGCGAGGUGAUCAUGCGGCAGUUCCGCACGGGCUCCUCCCGCGUGCUCAUCACCACCGACCUGCUGGCGCGCGGCAUCGACGUGCAGCAGGUCUCCUGCGUCAUCAAUUAUGAUCUUCCCACCAACCGCGAGAACUACAUCCAUCGAAUUGGACGAGGUGGACGUUUCGGCCGUAAAGGAAUUGCGAUCAACUUUGUUACUGAAUCAGACAAGAGGGCGCUGAAGGACAUCGAGGACUUCUACCACACGACUAUUACGGAAAUGCCCAGCGACGUGGCCAACCUCAUCUGAGGUGCCACCCAUCCCCGGUUCAUACUUUGUGUCCUGCGUUCUAUUGCGAUAUAUAUAAGGUGUGAGUAUUAGGAGGAACCUCCUAACUACUGCUGUGCCGAUUUUUUUAUUGGAACUCAUUUAAUUUGGACCGUCACUUGCGUUUUAGUUAAUUUAAUGAACGUAUAAUAGUAUAAUAGACGUAUCAAUAUAAGUUUAAUAUAUAUAGAAUAAGACCGGCCCGGCCGGAUGGCCCCCGUUCCGCGCAGGCCUCCCCGCAGCCUGCGGAGAGGUCUCAUCGGGUACUGGAGAGGCUAUUUCAAUCACAAAAGUACUAGAAGAAAGAAACAAUGUAUUGUAACUUUUUUUCCAGUUGUACAUAAUAUGGUAACUGUUUUUGUAAUACGAUAAUAAAUAUAUGAAAUAUCGUAA